GUUUUAGGAACUUGAAAAUGAAAUAGGUAAUCCCACUACAUAUAUUGUAAAAAUGUGGGUUUUAUUUUAAAUAAAUGACAUAACAUUGUGUUUUUAUUAUUACAAUUCUAGGUAAAUAAUUCAAGAUACUUUUAUAUCUGCAACUUUAACAUAAGUAAAAUCAACAAGAUAAUCCCAAGCAAAUACUCAAGUAAUUCCGUAAACUUAUCUCCACAUACAGACGGAAAUCUAUACAAACUUAAAAAUCAUUAACAUUAUCAAAUUACACUGCCUCAGUUUUGUUCGCUAUGCAUAGCAUGCUUGACAGUCGACUAUAGUCUAUAGAGUGCCAUGGUAGUUUUUUGUGGCUUCUCGAGCAUUCAUUUGUUUUUGUGUUGCGUCAAUGGCUGACCCGACAAUCCAAACGUUCUGCUGUCAUCAUGGAAACGGAACGGACAUGGCCAUCACCAUCAUGGAAGAGUUCAACACCGACCUCUACAACGGGAUAUGUCUGUUUUCGUCCGUGCUAGGAAUGCUAGGAGCCGUCUAUCAGAUCUUACCAAGAGAAGAAUUCUCAACCCAACACCGAUGGUUUUCUUUUUCUGCGACAAGGGGUAGAAAAAUUAUAACAUGGCUUGCCGUAGCAGACUUAAUGGCUUCUUUAGGUGUUUUUCUUAGAUCUGCAAUAUGGUUGAACUACAAAAACAUUAUGCCAUCCAAAGAUGACGACACCAGCGUGGUCUUUUGUGCUGUUUCAUCGGCUUUGACUCAAUAUUUCUACACAGCCACCUGGGUUUGGACUCUAUGCUACGCAAUCGACAUGCGUUUAGUUUUAUCUCAAAAAGAUUCCAGACUCAACCACUACCAUCUAGCAGCCUGGUUGAUACCAGCCUUCUUGACUUUCGUAGGGCUGUCACUUUUGUACAUCCCCGAUGCAAAUUGUCACACGUCAUCAUCCCUGCAAGCUGCGAUAUAUAGGAUUCUUCCGAACUAUAUAGCAACGUAUGCUCCCAUAGCAACGGUGAUGAUAGCCAAUCCGGUACUUUACAAGUAUUCUGUCAAGGAUAUGAGGCAGAUUAUUACCAGUACUUCCGGGCAAUUUACCAGUAAAGAAAGGGAUGUUAUUGAUGCUGUGAAGAUUAAAUUUUCUGUGAUAAAUAUCGCAUUUUACGUGUGUUGGGUGCCUAAUUUGAUUAAUGGCGUUUUACUUUGGACUUUGUGGUUCCAUCUACCGGCCACAUGUGUCAUUUCUAUAUGGUAUCUUAUGGCCCUGUUAAACCCCCUCCAAGCCCUUCUAAACUGCCUAGUUUACAGACGAUGGAGUAGCGGCACGGAAAGAGUUAUUCUUCCAUGGAGAAAAGUAGAAGAAUAUUUUCCUGUCGAAGCAGAAUCGGAAUCGGAAUCUUCAAGCACAAUAGACUCGAACAGUACCACUGUGCGGGAAGAAAUCUACCCGUUACUACAAAGUGCUCCCGUUAAUAGUAUUAACGAGUAUAAAAGCAUUUCUCAGUAGAUCAAUUUUAGAUUAUUAGCAUUUUUUGGCAUUAUAUUGUCAAGUUUAUACCUAAAUAUUAGAUUUUAUACGUUGUUGUAAAUAUAAAGUUUUAUUUAUA